AUGACAUGCCCCCGUCCCGACCAGACAGAUGACCCCGAGGCGCCGCUAGCGUUGGCGGCGCGGGUGAGCUCCUUGGCCGCGGGGCCGCUGGCGCUCGCCGGCCACCUCCAAGUGCAGCCCACGGCGUGCGGGGUCGUCGCCGCGCUCUCCUGCGCCGAGGAUGCCGAGAGGCUCUUGACCGCGGACCUGUCCGGCCUCCUGGGCGAGCCGGUGCACGUCACGAGGCUGGUGGGCUGCAAGCGGACCGUGCUGCUGCCAGACGUGCCGAGAGCAAUCCCAGUUCGGGACAUCACGGCGGCCCUCCAAAAGCAGGGCAUCUCGGCGCUCUCUGUGGAGAGACACAGGCACCUCGUCCACGUGGAGCUCCAGGAUGUCGCCCAGUCCAACGCCCUCCUCAGGGAUGGCCUCGACUUCUUCGGCGCCGUCCGCUUCCGCGCCGUGAGCGAGCGCGCUGGCGCCGGGUACUGGUGGCGUCGCGACGCCGCUGUCACCGGGACGACGACGUCGCCGCCGACGCCGAGCCCCCGUGCCGGCGAGCACCCCGAGGGCGGUGGCAGGGGCGCGGUGGACGUGCUCCAGUGCUACCGUUGUCAGGGGUUCUGGCACGUGGCGGGGCACUGCCGGCACAUCCCCCGCUGCGUGCGCUGCGGGGAGCCCCACACCGUGGAGUUCUGCCCGCGGCCGCGGCACGACCCCAUCUGCUGCCACUGUGCGGGACCCCACCACGCGGCCUUUCGGGAGUGCCCGGUGCGUCGUCAGCUGCUCAACGCCAUCCCCAUCAGCAUCAGCAUGACCACCUCAGGACGCGGCAUUGACUCCGGCCGACUGGACGAUUCGUCGUGACCAGUUGUCAUACUG